AAUCGAUUGUCUCAUUGGCGAAUGUCUAUGAUACAUCAUCCGAGUUUCGAAACUCCUCAGAGUCGAAAUUCGUGAGGGCUUCCUCAUCCUUUAACGAAACCUUGAACUUGGCUUGGUUGUUGGAUGGGACUUCGGAUGGAUCUCAUUUCAGCACAGCCAAAGGUGAUUUCCCUUGGCUUAUGAUUAAUUUGCGAAAGAAGAGCUUAAUUAGUGGGGUUUACUUCUCCAUGGCUGCGACCAAUCCUGGAAAUUUCCAAAGGGAUUACCGACGGGACUUUCGACAAGUUGAGAUCUACCUGGAUGGGAAGCUGUGCGGAUCAUCGGGUGAAAAUGGAGUUCGUGAUUAUGAGGUCUACGUCCAAUGCACCAAACCCGUCCACGGGAUGUACCUCACUCUCAAAAGCAAAAUCAAGCAGGUCGUGCUUCAACUCACCGAGCUUCGCGUAGAAGCGCUUGGCAUUGGAGGUCCAACCAGUAUGUGUGUGUGCCUUCUUCAAAUCUACGUUCUUCUUCCGCUUCCAACCAAUAUUGGGUCCUUUAAGCAACAGUUGUCUGAUGACGUCAGCACACGUUGUGACGAUAUUAUUAUUAUCAUCAUCAUUAUUUUUGCUUCUUUUUUGGGUUGGGGGGGUCACUUUGAACUUCUGGUCAUGAAUAUUCUUUGGUUAAACAUUAAAUUAAAAUGGAUUUUAAAAUUCUCCGCAAUUUUCUAGAAUUUUCUGGCAAAUGCGAUAAGUUUUAUUUAGUUUUAAAUGCAAUAUUUUUGCCUGAAGAAAUGAAAACGCAACCGUCUAAAUACAUAGGUGAUGUAUCAUCUAAGCUUCAACUCCAUUUUAUCUACUUCUUCAGCCGGAAUACGGGCACAUUUGUAAUGUUGUUUCUUUUUUUUUAUGAUGCCAAUCUUAAAGUUCACUUCACCUUAAGUUUAAGAAUCAUAACUAGAGGUAGAUAGACUCUCUGAACGAGCAGGGCAUAUUUCUCACUC